AUGCAUCCAUUAGUGAUAUUGCUGCUAGCAGCGGCAGUUGCAGCUGAUGAAGUAACCGACCCAAACAGCCUUCUUGAUCCCGCUCCAGUAGUCCGAUUUGAAUCGAUAUCUGUGAGGCAGCCGGUUGUCAUUGAAGGAGAAUACACGGUGUAUGUGGGCACAUGGACAGAAUGCAGUACUGGUGACGGAGAUCAAGCUAAAUCUUUCGACAGAUAUAACGCUCGCCUGGAAUCCGAUUCUCUGGUGCACACUCCAAGACUGGGACUUCAGAGACGUCAAGUGCAAUGUCGGAGGAAAGAUGGCAGAUUUGUUGAAGCUCUGUACUGCGGGAUUGCCAUAGCCAACAUCGGUACAACUCGCGUAUGCGUGAUGCGUGAGGACUGUUCGUUGGCUGAGUGGUUGCCAUGGCGACCAAGAUCCGAUGGAGCUCUGGUGAGAACAAGACGUUUACGGAGACUGUCACAAGGUGGAGGCAAAGAAUGCGACGUGGUUGAAGAAGUUAGACCUACUGUUUUGGAGACUACGGCACAUUGGACGCCAGGUCCUUGGGGAGCAUGUCGUGUUGCUGUGGAACAGGCGGCAACUGCUGCACCAACUGAUGAUGACGAUGACGCGGAUGACAAUGACGCGAUUUACGACGAGGAUGACGAAAGUGACGAGACUGAGCAGUCCAGCUGUGGGGGCGGAGUGCAGCGACGUGCUGCGACCUGCGUACGCGCAGACGGACGAGCGCUGCACGACGCGCAGUGCGCUCACGCAGCGAUGCCCACACUCGUGCAACCUUGCGAGGUACCGUGCCCACGUGAUUGUGAAGUCGGAGAGUGGAGUGAAUGGGGCGCCUGUCAGCCUACUGACGGAUGUCCUCUUUACCCAGUACAACAACUCACAACUACUGGCUACAGCGUACGUCGUAGACGAGUAACAGCAGCGGCCUCUGGUGGGGGGGCGCCAUGUCCUCCUUUAGAAGAAAAACGAACUUGUACUACACCAAGAUGUGCUGCGUGGAAAGCACUACCCUGGGGCCCUUGUGUAUUGACUCAACCACAUACAAGCUGCGGACCAGGAAGACGUACAAGAGAACUUAGAUGCAUGGGACACGAUGGAAAGGAAGCUCAGCGAGCGUGGUGUAACACUGGCGCUCCUCCACGCAGUGAACGAUGUCGUAUCGCUUGUCCCGGAGACUGUGUAGUUUCCGCGUGGGCGGAGUGGUCAUCAUGUUCAGCGAGUUGUGUGGCCCCGGGACACGCACGUCCCACACGUACUAGACGCAGGCAUAUACUAGCUCACGCUGCACCAAAUGGCUGGCCUUGUCCAUCGGAAGAUCAGUUGAUUCAAAACGAGACAUGCAACACCCACGCUUGUGCUACUUACUCCUGGCUUGCAACGCCUUGGGGGCCGUGCGAGCGUCGGCGGCAAGAUUUCAUACCGGCUACCAAUUACACUGAUCUUCUGGAUAACGAACCGUUCAAUGAAAGCGAUGACGAAGAACCUUGUAUUGAAGAAGGCGAAAUGACCAGAGACGUUAUGUGUGUUCAGAAUAAUGCUGAUGUUGUUAGAGAGGCUCUCUGUGCUCCAUUACGUCGCCCAGCGUCACGUCGCGCCUGUACUGUAAGAUGUCGUCGUGGUUGCAGGGUUGAAGCUUGGAUGCCGUGGUCACCAUGUCCUGAUACUUGUGAUCCCGGUAAGCAGGUUCGAGUCCGCACCGUCCGAGGUGGUCCGAACUGCGGUCCGUUACAAGAGACCCGCGAUUGUCCCGUGUCGAGGUCGUGUCGUUCCCGUGAGGCUGUCUGGGUCGCUGGGGAGUGGAGCACGUGUAGACUACCGCCUGGACAACGAUGUGGAGUUGGCUAUAGGAUUAGAAGUAUCUGGUGCGGUUCGGAUUCUCACCGCGUGGAGGCGGGUGCGUGUGCGGGUGCCCGCGUGCCGCCCGCAGCAGCCGCCUGCAGCGUCACAUGCGACACGAUCAUACCACUCACUUGUGACGUCAUAUGUUCAGAUCCCCUCAAAUACUUGGAUGCUUCUGACCCCGACGUUCCCUCAUGUGUCUGCAAGAACGUCUCAUUGGAACUGUUACCAGCUGAUUCAGACUGUAUUCUUCCACCUGGAAUUGAAUGCGGUGAAGGCAGAUCGUUGCGAGCGGCGCGUUGUCUAGUUGGAAGACGUGAUGUACCCAUGGAUGUUUGUAGAAAAUACCAUCCCUUAACAGGACCCCGUCGUGUUCGUGAAGCAGCAACAGACGGGUUUACAUAUGACGAGGAGUUCACCUCUUUAUUACGAGGUGCGUGUAGCGUGAGGUGUGCGCGGGACUGCGCGGUAGGAACCUGGGCUUCUUGGGGGCCGUGUGCUGCUGAACCAGGCUCAAGAGCCGCUUUCAGAUUCCGAACCAGGGAAGUGAUAGAGGAAGGUUCGGCUGGUGGUCGUGAAUGUGGUGCCACAUUGCAGCGAUCUACGUGCGUUGUGACUGAACCACGAUGGAUAUUGGGCGAGUGGUCUGUGUGCGCUCCACGACGAGCUCUGUGUGGAAGGGCCAUUAUCAAUAGGACUGUUAUGUGCAUAGAUGCAGACGGUAAUAAAUUAGAGGACACAUUGUGUGAGGCGGCGGGCGCUGGCCCCGCGCCCUCCCGCGAGGCUACAUGUAGGGCUCCGUGCCCUUCAGACUGUGUUGUUAGCUCUUGGUCAGACUGGAGUCCGUGUGAACAGAGCAAGUGGGGAGGUCGUCGUGAUAGGACCCGUGUGGUUCUCCGCGCGGCUGCUGACGGCGGGACGGCCUGCCCGCACUUGGUAGCCGCAGAGCCUUGCUCGCCCCACGCAUACUCCUGGCAUGUGGCGCCCUGGGAUGACUGUCAACCACUGGGUGGAUCUCCGUGUGGGGAAGGAACAAAGAGAAGAGCUGUACGUUGUCUUCGUAGCGAUGGUGUUUUCGUCAAUGAUUCAUUCUGUCCGAAUGCUACGGCGUCCGAGGCUCGUGAGUCAUGGUGCUACGUACCAUGUGGCGUGGACUGUGAGGUUGGUGAGUGGGGGUCUUGGGACGCCUCCGCCUGCUCGUGUGGGGACGCGGUCACGGCGCGACACAUGAGACGGAUACGUCAACACUUAACAGCGGCUGUAUGGCCUGGUCGCGCGUGUCCUCCGACUGAACAACGAGCUCCCUGCCCAAGAGAACCGUGCCUGAGACUCGUCGCUAGACCAUUAUUAGGAUGUCAUGUGCAAACGUCAUCAGGAGAGGAAGCUGAUAACGCGUGUGGGUGGGGGGUCAAGUUAUCUCAUGCACGAUGUGAACUGACGAGCAUCAACGAUGAGCCGUCCUCAGGAGCCUUCCUACAACCGUGGAGAUGUGCCUCCGCGCUACCUGGAAGAAUCGUUACACCGCCAAUGCAUCAUCAGGAGGACGAGGAGUGUGAGGUCGAAUGUGGAUGUCAGGAAUCUGAACUAGGGCAGCCGGGUCCGUGGGGCGCUUGGGGCGGCUGUCGUGGUGGGGCACGAUCAAGGACACGUACUUUACUGGUACCACCACGUAGAGCCUGCAGAACAUCCUCCAGAUACAUAACAAUCGAGUGGUCCAACUGCACGGAGGAGGCUUCAGAAGUGUCGGCUGGUGAUGGAUCACGAGGCGCCUGGCUCUCAGAACACUACCACGACGGAUAUAUAGAGGGAAGUACUUCAGUGUUGGCGGUAGUAUGGACUGCAACCAUAAUACUCAGCUUGUACGGCGCGUUCAUGCUCUACCGUGGACUUCUAAGAUGCAUCAGAAGCAGAAAAAUGAAGAGCAUCACUAAAGUGUAA